AAAAGUCAAUUCAAUGCUCCGAUACCAAAGGAUCUUUUCUUCCUUUAUCAUCCAAAGGAAGCUGCAAAAGGCCUCUCUGUCUACUAGCUCACUACUUCGCCAUGGGACAGGUGCUGGACAGAUUACAAGGUAAGCAAUGGAGGCGAAAGCAAAUACAAAAGAUUACAAACAAGGUGUUUGAUCAUUUUAAAAAUGAGUCAGGAAGGGCUAACUUGACAUUUGAAGAUCUGUACAUUGGUGUACUACUUGUGUACAAUGAUAUCAAUAAGCGUUUACCUGGCCCACAUUUUGAUCCACCCUCCAAAGACCGUGUCAAAGCUUUGCUUCAGGAAAACGAUAUCAAUCUCGAUGGAGAAAUUGACCGUGAAGAGUUCACGAAGUUCAUCAAGCAGCUGACAGCCGACACAUUCAUUGUAGUCAGUCAGGGACUGAUCCUGACAUUGGUUGCAGCACCAACAAUUGCAAUGGCAACGAAGAGGGCUACGGAGGGUGUACCAGGCAUUGGGAAGGUGGUGCAGAGGUUACCCAAUUCAGUUUAUGCAUCCCUUCUGACUCUUGCUGUUGUGUUGUUUCAGCAAGCGAGCCAAGAGUUGUAAGGGUUGCAAGUUUGUUCUAGGCUCAAUCUCUUAAUUCCAUGUUCUAUUUAGGAAGACUUUAUAUAGACGUUGUGGGUUAAAAAAGUUUGUCUCGUCAGUCGGGUCGUUAUGUGGGCAUGCUUUUUGUUUUUUGUUUUUUGUUUUUUUACCUUGUAUGAAAUGGUUUGUAUAGAAAUAAAGCAAGAAUCCAUUCAUGCAAA